AUGAGCUUUGCCAUUGAGGAAAGGGGCAAGCCAAACACCCAGGAAUACAGGGUGUUUUUCAAAAACUCUGAGGGCAAAUACAUCUCUCCGUUCCAUGACAUUCCGAUCUACGCAAAUGAGGCUGAGAACAUCUUUCAUGCCGUUGUGGAGGUUCCAAGAUGGACAAAUGCAAAGAUGGAGAUUGCCACCAAAGAUCCCCUCAACCCACUGAAGCAAGACCUAAAAAAGGGGAAUCUUCGUUAUGUAGCCAAUGUGUUUCCCCACAAAGGUUAUAUCUGGAAUUAUGGAGCUAUUCCACAGACAUGGGAAGACCCCAACCACAAGGACAGCGACACAGGAUGCUGUGGAGACAAUGAUCCGAUUGAUAUAUGUGACAUAGGAAAUAAGGUGUGCUCUCGAGGAGAAAUAAUCAAAGUCAAGGUGUUGGGAACUCUGGCUCUGAUAGAUGAAGGUGAAACAGACUGGAAGGUCAUUGUGAUCAAUACUGAGGACCCUGAAGCCGGCGACUUUAACAAUAUUGAUGAUGUUAGAAGACUCAAGCCUGGAUAUCUGGAGGCAACUUUCGACUGGUUCAAAAGAUACAAAGUCCCAGACGGGAAACCUGAAAACCAGUUUGCUUUCAAUGGAGAGUUCAAGGAUAGUGACUUUGCCAUUGAAACAGUGAAAAGCACUCAUGAAUUUUGGAAAGCAAUGAUCUCUCAGAAGACCAAUGCUGGCGAGUUAAAUUGCAUGAACACCAGUGUCUCCGAUAGUCCGUUCUGCUGCUCUGAUGGGGAUGCCAAGGCUGUGGUUAAUUCUGCAUCUGCUUUUGGAGCUGAAGAUCCCAUUCCAAGUUCAGUUGACAAAUGGUUCUACUAUGAGAAGUAG